CACCCACAGCCCUGCACCCCCAGAGUCCUGCCCAGCCCUUAGUCCUGCCGAGAUGAAGGUGCUGGUGGCCGCCCUGGUGCUGCUCUGCGCCGGCAGCCUGCAGGCCGCCAUGGUGCGGCGCGAGGCCGAGGAGGCCGCCCCCGAGCCGCCCGUCGACGACUUCUUCACCCGCCACUUCCAGUCCUUCUCCGACUUUAUGACCAAGGACCUGCCCCAGAAGCUGCAGGCACAGGAGCUGCGCAGCCAGGCCGAGGCCUAUCUGGACCGGGCCAACAAGCAGCUGACGCCGCUGGCCCAGGAGCUGAAGAGCAACAUCGUCGGCCUCUUCUCCUCCCUGCUGGAUUUCGGCAAGAGCGAGGGUCAGCCCUGAGCCCCGCCGGGGUGGCCUCCGCGGUCCCCCCCCCAGUCACAAUAAAGCCCUGGAGCUGCCA